AUGCCGAGAAAUGAAUUCUUCCCAAUGAGAUUCAAUGUGGAAGAAGGCCAACCUGGUUUGAAGGCCUCAUCAUCUGUUAAAAUUCUCCGGCAUGCCUCGGGCGAGGGCGACCCACUUUCGGGGUUGCUACGCAGUGGCAACUUCAGAGUUACACUGGCGUGUUUUGUGUUGAUUGCUAUCGUGGAGGAUGACAAAAUGUUGAUGGUCUGCAAAGAUGGUGGCACCGCGCCUUGUGGUGAUCUAUACGAGGGAAGCAUCGAAGCCUCUGUAGGGUGGUGGUCUCUAUCUUCUUCCAUCUAUUGCUGCGGUGGUGGUCUCUAUCUUCAUGCACAGCGGUGCUCUGUUCACCGCUGUACGCGAUGCUUAGAGCGCCAACCAAUUUCGAUUUGA